GGACUGGCAUGUCAGUGUCUGUAUUGAAUGGCUAACGUUUUAUCUCCUUCUUGGCUAUUAUAGAAAGCAUUUAUAAUAAACUUUCUCAAAGAGGGUUUUAACUAAAUGAAUCCGUAAAUGUUGCAUUUAGUAACACACAUUUAAGAUUUUCAUAGAAACUCAAAGAUUACAAGAGAGGAUUAUUUGGGAAAUAAAUUGAUAUCAUAUGUCAUCGUCUUCAUGUGAUAGGUGUCACAUAACCAAUUUCUCAUACUAGUAUUAUGUCUUUAAUAUUCAGAAAACAUAAACCAUUCGAAAACCUUAAAAAGUAUGAACUUCGUGAACACAAAAGAUGUGAACUGGUGUUGAACAAAACGUUGAAACAAGAUUCAAAUCCUCGUGGAAAAGCACAAAUCAAAAGUCAAAACCAAAGCUUUGGUGGUGUCGUAUCGCUUGUGCAGCCAGGUUCUCAUUUUUCUUCUCUUGCGUAGAAUGUCUGUGCGCAUAUAAGCUGAGCAGAGGAAGGUGUAGAAUAAGAGUCAUGGCUCAACGGAAAAGCACUAAGGGGAACAACAGGGAUACUCAAACGAACACGCAUAGUAAUCACGCCUCUAUCAAAACGUCAUCGCAUCAAGGAAAACGCAUAGCAAAAGCUACUCUGCUCCUCGUCUUGUCUAUCUUCGUAUCUGCUGGUCUCUUGAGUUUCUUGUGUUGUUUCGAUUACACAACACUCACAGGUCCGAGGCAAGUAACAACAACAAUCACUAAACCACCAAUCAUAACGCUCCACAGAUUCCCUCGGCAAUGCGGUGUCGUACAGAACCAAACACAACCAGUGUCCGAAGAUGGCACAAACAAAAACAAACCAAGAAGCAACCACUCACGCCCACCCACGUGUCCCUCUUACUUCCGUUGGAUCUACGAGGAUCUACGGCCGUGGAGAGAGACAGGAGUAACGAGAGAGAUACUUGAGAAAGCAAGGAGCAAGGCCCAUUUCAGGGUUAUAAUCCUAGACGGGAGAGUGUACGUUAAGAAGUAUAGAAGACCGAUCGAGACUCGAGAUACUUUUACUCUGUGGGGCAUCGUACAGUUACUACAGUGGUACCCAGGGAGAUUACCAGAUCUGGAGCUCUUGUUCGACGCAGAUGAUAGACCAACCGUACGAUCAAUAGACUAUAGAGGUCAACAACACCCGGGCCCACCUCCAGUGUUCCGUUAUUGCUCUAAUGACGCCAGCUUGGACAUCGUGUUCCCUGAUUGGUCCUUCUGGGGCUGGGCUGAGCUUAAUAUAAAGCCUUGGGCUAAAUCGCUGGUGGCGAUAGAAGAAGGGAACAAGAUGACGCAAUGGGAAGACCGCGUGCCGUACGCUUACUGGAGAGGAAACCCUAACGUGGCCCGCACGAGGAAAGACCUUCUUAGAUGCAAUGUCUCAGACCAAGAAGAUUGGAACACUCGUCUCUACAUCAAUGAUUGGGCUACAGAAUUCAAAGAAGGAUUCAAGAACUCAAACCUAGAGAACCAAUGCACUCACAGGUACAAGAUUUAUAUAGAAGGAUGGGCAUGGUCAGUGAGUGAGAAGUAUAUAAUGGCAUGUGACUCAAUGACAUUAAAUGUGAGACCAACGUACUAUGAUUUUCUUAUACGAGGAAUGGUACCAUUACAACAUUAUUGGCCAAUCAGAGACCUUGGUAAGUGUAGAUCCCUCAAACACGCUGUACAUUGGGGGAAUACUCAUGUGGACCAGGCACGUAAGAUAGGGGAAGAAGGGAGUAGAUAUAUAAGAGAGGAGGUGAGCAUGGAAUAUGUGUAUGAUUACAUGUUCCAUUUGAUGAACGAGUAUGCCAAACUUUUGAAGUUUAAGCCGGAGAUUCCUUUGGGAGCAAAGGAGAUUACUACGGAUAGUAUGGGAUGUCCGGCGAAGGGACGGUGGAGAGAUUUUAUGGCGGAGUCUAUGGUGAUGUCUCCUAGUGAAGUGUCUCCUUGUGAGAUGCCUCUUCCUUAUAGCCCUAUGGAGCUAAGAGAGGUUCUUGAGAGGAAAGCUAAUUUGACUCGCCAAGUUGAGGUUUGGGAAGAUCAAUACUAUCGUAAUUUGACAAAUGCCAACAAGCAUUGACCAACGAGGCUCUUGUUUUACAAGAUACUGAUUUUUUUUUUUUUUAAACUAAACAAGAUACUGAUUUGUUGUGUUCAUAUUAAAAUUACUAAGUACUUCGUGAGUUAUAAUUUGAUUAAUCAAAAUUUAAUAUAGAUAGUGAUUUAAUAUAAGGUAUAAGAUUUAUAUAGAAGGAAGGGCUUGGUCAGUGAGCGAGAAGUAUAUAUUAGCUUGUGACAGUAUGUCACUUCUCAUAAAAACUUUUUACUUUUGACUUCAUCACUCGAAGUUUAGUUCCCAUGGAACAUUAUUGGCCUAUUAGACUUCAUAAAAAUUGCAAUGACAUCAUCUUUGCCGUCCAAUGGGCCAACAACAAUACCAAAAAAGUAGUAACAAUAUAACAUAAAUCAGUCAAGUCAUUUUUUGAAACUGAUUAUGGUGUUAUAUGAUCUUCACUUAUUUUAGAGGCAAAAACUAUAGGGAGAAAUGGAAGUGGAUAUGUACUUAAGUAUCUACAAAUGAAGUAUGUGUAUGAUUAUAUGUUUCAUAUAUUGCAAAGCUAUGGGAAGUUGAUGAAGAUGAAUGUAGAAGUCCCUGAAGGAGCUAAGGAAGUGUGUCCAGAGACAAUGGCGUGUCCGGUUAAGGGAGGUCGAAUGAGACAAUAUAUGGAUGACUCAUUGAUUCUGUCUCCGAGCAACAAGGGCUCUUGUGAGACGCCUCCACCUUUUGAAGACGAUGAACUCAAGAAGUUUUUAGAAAAGAAAAAAAGUGUUGAGAAAGAAGUGGAGAAGUGGACUAAUGAGUACUGGGAGGAACAAAAUAAGUCUCUUCAACACUGAGUUUUGUAUAUACACAUACACUUUCCCCUAAUCAGUACUACUUAAUUGAGUAUGUAUUAUACAAAUAAAAA